AUGGAGAAGAAACGGAAGCUCCCCGCGAGGACUUCGGCCCGCGUUGAAAAUGCCAACAAACGCCGGAACAUGACACCGCGAGCGGAGCGUUCUGUGACUCCUCUUCUUCCUCCUCCCCCCGAGCCUAUCAAGGAACCCUCGCCAUCGCCGCCGCCGCCGCCGCCGCUGCCCACGUCGAUCCAGGCCGGGAAGCCGCUGCCAACGGUUGAGAAAGCGCAGCCGGACGACUUAUCGGCUAAAGAAUAUCAAUCCAUCUCCGAAAGGCAUGUAUACUGUGGUUUCGGCGUCCUUGCGGAAUCUCUCUCGCGGUCUCGAUAUCGAUGGAUCAACGACGGGCUCUUCGAAAAGUUCUGGGCGAAACCUCAUAAGCGCAAGGGCGUCCUCAACGAAGAUCCGAAGAAUCCUCCCAAAGACAGUAUGACCAAGGUUGGCCCGGUUACAAUUACCAUCGAGCCUCACAUUGUCGAGGCCACCAUGUUCAUCGUCAAAGAAUCCAAGCAACUGUCUCAAACGUCAACUCCGGCGCAAUCGCUACCUCAAUCGCAAUCACAGCCGCUCACCCGGCCGGUACUUCAGUAUGGCCCUCCAAAUGGUUCCAUGCCUCCUCCGCCUGCGCCUGGAUCGGCGACCUCGAUCUCGAUUCCAACCGCAGCUACCACACCAAAGCCCAUUGCUGCCCCGAGCCCUUCUCAGAGGCCACCGUCAUCCUCGCCGAGCACUCCAGGACCACAGCCCUCACCAUCGCCGCUUACGACCAUCAACGUAGCCACGUCACCAUCGCCUAGCCCGGCACUCUCUACACAGCCUGCUGGUCAACCCCCUGUGCCUCCACAAUCACUUCCAGCUGCUACUCCCCCACAUCCGAUUCGACCGCCUGCGAAUCCCCUUCCAGGGCAGCAGCAAGCUCCUACAGGCACACCAUUGGCAAGGCCCCCACCGCCGCCAAUCCCGACCCCAACCACGACCCCGACAGCUCACACUCGGCCUGCAAAUGCUGGGCCAGCUCAGUCUCCAGCUGCGGUGAAACCUGCAACGCCGGUUGCAGGGCGCCCUCCAGCAGCCAAACCUGUUCCCAACGAUCCGGUUAUUGCCCUGCUCGCCCAAAAGGCUUCAGGAGACCCUGACCUACGUGACCUUAUGAAGAGGGUCGCCGUGGGCCAGGCCAAACACGGAGAGCUAGAUCGCUUCCAGAAGAUAAUUGAUCAGCUGAAUGCGGAGUAUCGGCGGAGUGGUGGGCAGCAGGGCCCUUCGGCUGAUAGGUUGCUCGUCGAUGGAAGGACCGUCAAGUAUUUUGCUGAUGAAGUGCGAACCAUUCUCGACAUUGUCUUGGCAUCCAACCCUCGCCAGACAUCCAGCGAACUAAGACCGCCGCCUAGGAGUGACCCCCUAGUCGUACUGCUUGUGAAGGCUGCCUUGGAGGAUCAGAAAACAAGCGAUAUGAUUCGACGCAUUGCCGAAGGCCGUGCAGGCUUUACAGAUUCAACAGACCUCAAGGAGAUUCUAGAUCGUCUCCACAGAGAUGCAAAGCCUCCUGCGCAGACGCUCCCUGCGCCUCUCCCAGCAAAGCAGCCGUCCAUGGAUGCCAAUGGCCAUAUGCGAGCUUCGAAUCCUCCAACCCCCCAGCAGGCAAAUCCUCAGGCACUACGGUCUAAGGGGCCCCCACCAGUGCCGAAGCCUGACAUUUCCGCAGUAGUAUUUGAUUUUGGAAACGGCGAUCGCUAUCUGUUUCCCAAAUUCAGUAUUCUGGAGUAUUUGCCCACCCCAUCGGGCCAAGAGGUGGUUGCAUCAUUCCUCAUUGUCCGUAAAGGAAGCACAUCCGAGUAUGGCGGAGACCCCAAGCUUGACUACUACCAGCCUGUCACGAUCCGUAUCUCUACACACGUUGGACGCUACCUAGAAAACCUGAUGCGCGUAGUGGCCCCUCAAGAUGAGGUACGGCGGUAUAUGGACGAUGUCAUGGACAACAUGACGCGCGCCGAGUAUGUGCUAUUGGCAAUGCACUUGCCAAGAGUACCCAGGGAUGAAAAGACAAAUGGGGUGCCUGAUGAACCCAAGACCAAUGGGUCAACGCCCAAGGUCGAGGCGGAGUCUGACCAUACUGUAGAGGUGAAGCCGUCCGUUCUUUGGACCAAGACGGCCAACCCCUCCAAACAGUUUGAUCUUUUCAAGCCCCAUGAUGCCGAAGAAGAGAAUGAAGCCAAAUAUAAGCGCCUCAUUCAAUCAGUAACGGCCAAGGAC